ACUUGACACAGGCAGCAUGCGCCGCAGUUUGUGGUUCACUCCUCCUGACGUCCCCCCUCAGCGGCUUGACUUCAGCUGUAGAUUCUAAACGCGCUCUUCCUCCUACCUCCCUUUGUCUCGUGCACAACCAGACCAGCUUUUGGCAACCAUAGGCCAACAUCUGACUGCUACAGCUUUUAUCGUGACUGAGUGGGCAACAGAGUGGGACGUAUUUUUAAGGUAAUUGUCCGGGACACUGCACGUUACCUUUAAAAAGGCCGUUCGAGAGCGCACAGAUUGCAUAAAUCAGGGAGACGCAGAGGUGAGCCGUUGGGAGCGCUCUUUUGAAAACACUAGUGUGUAAUUGAGGAGAUCUUCGCGUGUGAAACUGCAUGUCACCCGUGAAAGUGGGCGCGCUCCAUCAGCAGUACGUUUCAUGAUUUGAUAGCAUCUGAGGAAUCUGAAACUUCAAAUAUCAAACACUUAACAACUUGGGAGGUUGGAAUGGCUCAGCGAGAGGCAAAUGCCCAUUCAUAUCUCGUUAACCAUGCGUAGUUGCGCAUGAGUUGGUCUCCGAGAGGAAAAUGAACCUGAGAAGUAAAUCGUUCGUAUGUUCAGAAUUGUUUCCUUGUUUGGCCACGACAAAGCCAGCCACCUAUGGUUUGUAUUUUUUCAACGUUGUAGCCUUGUAAACCGUGCAAAUGCUGGAAUGGUUUGGUGCUGUGUUUAUCAUUCUGGUAGUGGCGGCAAUCUGGCCAGCCUCAAAAUAUUUAGGAAUAUCAAGCCAGUCGUCGUCGGGGGUCCAAGGACUUGGAAAUUCACGCCGAGAAUGGAGGGAGAAAGUCUCAGAAAGGUGUAUCGUCAGCCGCGAUGUCGGAACAGGUCAAAGUGUGGACAGAUCACCAGGUGAAAGCCCUUCCGUUGCGCUAAUAUGCAAGCCCUCCGCUCUCGCCAACUACCUACUGAAACACUGCGUAACUUUCUACAAAUUACAUUCGUACCCAAAAUGGAACUGGCGGGCGAGCCCUUUACUGCAAAGCAUUUUUGGCGUCUGCUGGCCUUACGAUUGUCCUGUUCACUUUGUUCGGGACCAUCUCCAGAUGAGUGACGAUGGUAUAGUAGCACUGGACUGGGCUGUGGCUGCCUCCGCUUCAAUUCACAGGAGGAGACGGACAUCCAGCAAUUCCACCAGCCCCAUUCUUCUCAUCGUACCAAAUUCUUUUGGUAAAAUUACCAGGAAUGUGUUGAAGCUGUGUGAGAUGGCUCUGACUCAUGGCUACCUGCCUGUGGUGUUCAACCGGCGCGGCCAGAACGGCACACCCCUCAGCACCGUUAAGCUGCAGCAGUUCGGGGACCCGGCGGACCUGCGCGAGGCCGUGCGCUACAUCCGCUACCGGCAGCCGGCAGGCAGGUUGUAUGCGGUGAGCGAGAGCACCGGCUCGGGCCUGCUCCUCUCCUACUUGGGCGAGUGCGGCUCCUCCAGCUACGUGACGGCGGCCGCCUGCCUCUCCCCCAUCUUCCGCUGCCAGAGCUGGUUCGAGAGCAGCCCCGCCUGGCCCUUCCACUGGGCCCUGCUGCUCUACCAGAAGAUGUGGCUCAGCAGGUACAGAACUGUGCUCGGGGACACCGUGCAGACAGACGCGCUCUUCUCCAGCUCCUCCCUCAGGACCGUGGAGGAGGUUCUGUUCUGCCGGCCCGGCCCAAAGACCUCUCCGGCGGACAUCAGCACCUGGGAGGCCUACUGGGAGCACAACGACCCCCUGCGGGACGUGGACGAGGUGGCCAUCCCAGUGCUGUGCAUGUGCAGCCAGGACGACCCGGUGCGUGGGGACCCAGAGUCGUCGCUGCCCCUGGAGCUCUUCGAGAGCAACCCUCACUUCUUCCUGCUGCUGACGGCGCAAGGCGGCCACUGCGGCUUCUCUACGCCCAGGGAGGGCGCCUCGGACCGCCCCGACACGUCGGUCUGGAGCCACCAGGCGCUGCUGGACUUCCUUCGUGCCACCAGUGACUUCUUCACGACCGAGGAACGGGCGAAGCACGCGGCGCGGCGCAGGGGUCUCAGCGGCAGCGGCAAAGCGUUCCGGCAUCGGACCAUCAGCACGUGCAAGAAGGCGCCCGUCUGCUCACACAACAUCCACGCCAUCUACAGCUGGCAGAGGUCCUACACCAGAUGAUGGCGGUGUCUGUGAGGCCUGGCCUUCUGGUGUGGUGGAGCACAGUACAGCAGGGAUCAUCUGAGCUGGUAAAGAAAUCUGUCUGAGUGAAGGCUUAAAGGUGGUGUCAGGGUAGAAUGGUGCUAUGCGCCGGGGUUUGUCCAGUCACUUUUGGCUGUUGGUUUCAUUCAGUCAGGUCUGCUAUGCCAGUGGUUUUAUUGAAGGUGUUUCAUAUUUUCUUUACUGCUGAGCAUUGAAAUUACAACUAGUGGGAACAACUAUUCCUCUGUUAUGUUGUUUCAUGAAAUGUAUUUUCAUUUCCAAACCAUUUCAUCAGGAAGUAUUUUCACAAGGUGCACUUAUUAUCUGUCUUGUUAAGUGGCAUUUUUCACAUCAGGUUGCCAAAUUGUAGCAGUGUUUUAUUUUUUUCAAUAUCAUAUUUAUCCAAAUGUCUCUGAAUUCCAGAAACACAGAGAAAGUCACUUACUUGUGAUAAAAAAAGUAUCCAUGGAUUGCAGGGUGCUUUUAUAUGGGGGUUGAAUAUUUUUUCAAAAAUUGGGUUUGCACAUUGGUGAACUGUGGAAACAUUGAAGUCCUAUAUCCCCAUUGGAAAACUGAGUUUGAAGACCACAUGAACAAGGUGUCUGAACAUCUGGGAUUUAUGUGGGAUGGCAAGGAACUCUCUGGAAAAAACGACGUUACGUGAUGGUCUCUUGGAGAGCAGGGCGGAACCGGUUAGUGGGUUUUCAAGAUCUUGUAAUUCAAAUCCUGGUUUGUUUAUACCACAGAGAUCACAAGCUCCUCUGGAUUCUCUUUGCUACCCCUUUGUGUGUUUUCUAAUGUUGAAUGUCGGUAAAUUAUCAUUAAGUUAAAAUGGGAAAAAAAAUAAAAUAUAUUGUUAAGUUAA